GCAUUUUGGUCACAAAUAAUUGAACAGUGGAUGCGAGAUGGCUGAGGACAAUACCAAAGAACCGUGUCCCGAUUUGUAUGGGAGUUGGGCCAUAUGGCGUCCAGCAAUGAGACCGGUGCCGAUGGAUUGGGCGCAGCAAGUGUAACAAUAAUAUAUGCGUUUCACGGUCCCAAGUUGUGGGCGGGGAGUUUUAUGGGGGUAUAAAUUUAGUACUGGAUUUGCGGCAAUUUUCGCUAAACAUGCACUUUUAAUGAAUAAAGAGUCAUUUUAGAAGGAAACGUAGGGACGAAGUAUUUAUGCUGAUGUCAAAAAUCGAUUGUCACUUUGGUUGGGGCUGCCCUUCAAGUCUGGAGUGCAUGGGAGUUUUCAUACAAAACGUACUACGGCUGCUAUACGCCCCGCCAGACGGAAAUACGGUUUCAGCGCCAUAGUCCGUGUAUGGCAGACGGUUAAAGGUUUAAUAUCCAAAUAAUGUGUAACCAGAAACUACCUUACAAAAAACCGAUUUUUUUUUCAACGAGUCGAGAAUUAUUCCCAUACAUACUCUCUCUGUCCCUUUUAAAUUCCGUGUACACUCUUUCUAAAUUGCUUGUAAGUUGACUUUACGCAUACGUCAUGUUCUUCUAGUAUUUUUAUCACUUAGAUUCAUUUUGAACUAAAAUAUUUUCUCAUUCUCUACUAAACAUUAAAAAAUGAUGGAUAUUUUUUUGGCGCUAAACAUAGAUUUGAAUAGUUUGACGUUAAUAAACGUCAUAUUCUGUCAAAUUGUACUUGACAUAAGAAGAAUGUUACUGCGACUCGUUAGGCCGUCUUUUGUAAUUUACCUGUGUUAGUUGUAAAUGCUAUAAAUGACCAUUAAAUGUAGAAAGUUCGAUGACGUUUGAUUUUUAACACUUUCAAUCAAAGGCUUAAUUUGUUUUGCAUGUUACCAUCGUGGCAACCGAACUAGAAUAAAAUUAGUCUGAUACUUUGAACUAUAUUAUCAUAAUUAUCAACUCAAUUGGUAUUCAACAUUGAAAGAAAUUUGACGAGUUUGAGAGGUAAUAUCAGAGAAAUCGGUGAAAUAAUAUGUCUGAAAAAACAGUGAAACCUCAGCCUGGCAAAAAGCCAAGAGAGCAAUCAAUAAUUACUAAAACAUAUUUAUUGGCAUACAAUUUUGGCCAAGUUUUGGGAUGGUCCUAUAUGUUAUAUCAAUUACUCAAUUAUUAUUUAACUGAUUUACGAAAGACGACUGCACUAUGGGACUAUAUUGGGGCAACAGUAGUAAUUUUUCAGAAUGCAGCCGUACUCGAAAUUGUGCAUGCAGCCACUGGCAUUGUACCUAGUAAUGUUGUUUUGACCACGUUCCAAGUUUUCUCACGUGUAAUGCUAGUAUGUGGUGUUUUGCUUGCUACCCCGAACGCGAUUUUUUCACCAGGACUUCCUCUGGCCCUCUUUGCAUGGUCAGUCACUGAAAUAAUACGCUAUGGAUUCUAUGGGUUCAAUUUACUAAACAUCGUUCCAGGCUUUUUGACAUUCUUAAGAUACACAACAUUCAUCGUUCUGUACCCGACUGGAGUGACUGGCGAACUCUGGUGUUUAUACUGGGCGCAAAGCUAUGCACAAAAACAUAAAAUCUGGAGUAUUGAGGUGCCAAAUACAUCUAAUUUCACAUUCUCCUACCUUUAUUUCCUAUGGAUCGUAAUGCUCCUCUACAUCCCACUAUUCCCACAACUAUACUUGCAUAUGUUUGCGCUGCGCAAAAAGGUAUUGGGUCCAAAAGUCAAGUCGAAAUAAAAUAUGAAAUAAACUGAUGUUGUUUUCGAACAAAUUUAUAAAAAAUCAUUACAAAAAGGGUUGAAGGAUCAUUCCAAGGCCUUGAAACACUUUUCAAGGACUUGUACACUUCUGGGUAUUUUGAAGUUAAAAUAAAAUGUGUAACUGCAAAGAAUAAAGAACAACAAA